AUGGACGCCUUCUUGGUGCGAGGUCAGCAGCUGCUCCUCAUUCUCUGCGCGCUCUAUCUCGUGUUUCUGUCCCUUCUCACUAUCCCGUACUUCCAAAGACAUGCGAUUUACCUUCAUGCGCUCCGCUUGCCGCUAUUCGUGGACUUCAACAAUCCAGUAAAACAUGGCCUUCCCGCUAGCAGGUCCCUCAACAUACAACUAGAAACUCGUGACAAUGUCCGACUCGGAGCUUGGCUUGUUCUUCCUCCGUUGAACCAGAAACAGACAGCUUUUGAUGGUCCUCCAAGCGUGACCGAGAUAUCCGAAAGUAUUUCAACGCGACCGACGAUACUGUUGUUCCAUGGAAACGCUGCGAGUCGUGCUAUGUCGUUCCGUGUUCAGCACUGUUCGACAUACGCAUCUCGUUUCGGUGCCAAUGUCCUUGCUAUAGACUACCGCGGCUUUGGAGAUUCCGAGGGAACACCCAGCGAGGACGGACUUAUCUCUGAUGCGCGCGCCGCAUGGGACUGGGCCGUUCAUCAUGGCGCCACACCGGAAAAUAUGCUUUUGGUCGGGCUGAGUCUCGGAACUGGUGUAUCUGCUGGACUUGGAGCAGAACUGGCCAAGGAAGGUAUUCAUCCAAGAGGGAUUAUAUUACUUGCACCGUUCACAUCUAUCAAAUCGCUAUUAUACGAUUACCACCUGUUCGGGUUGAUACCCAUUUUACAGCCUCUUAACUUUUACCCUCCCCUACAAGAUUUUUUCGCAAAAUACCUAAUUACGCACUUCAACUCUAGUCAGACUCUUCCAACGAUAAAGUCUCGCAUACUUCUCGUGCAUUCCAAAGACGAUGUCGAGAUCCCGCACUCACAUUCGCAAUCUCUCUUCGAUGGCAUUGUAGAUCAAUUUCUUCCAAUCCUGCCUGCUCUACCCGAAUCAACUAGUGAAUUGCAAGGAUUUGACUGGGCUGGGUUCGAAGCGGCAAAGAAAGAGCGGCAGACUAGCAGGGAUGCACUCGUAAGGAAGCAAGAAAUUCCUGGUUUUGCAACUGUUCAUCGGCUGCAUCGACCGGGCGAGUUUGGCGAGGUGUUGUUUGUGGAGGCGGAAUAUGGAGGACAUGACCGCGUUGGACUCCAAGAGAGCUUGAUUGAUCUGAUUAGCUACGAGCUCUUCUGAUAUGGAGUUGUCUUUGGUGGACAAGUGCUGUAGUCGUGGCAAAAGGCAAUAUGCAAGGUAGGAAGACUUUGCGAGCUCGAUACCGAUUCAUUAUCGUUCGUUGUACAGGGCUUGGGAAUUUGUUUGCUUUGUCUCGUGCAAGAAACAGACAUAGGUGCACAGCUUGGUUUCCUUCUUAACACUACAUUUACUACUUAGAAGUAUGUUCAGGAUUUGACCUUAUACCAUUCGUUGCCAAUGUUGCAAGCCUGCUCCUCUCU